GAUGGCGCACCCACAGCUUUUGUGAGAUUCCGUUUCUCCCCAGUUGCCCUGUGAGUCUGAGGGAGCCGAAGGGUGAGCUACAUUGGCAUUCUGGAAGGGAAGUCUAUAUGCGUCAAUUCCCCAAAACAAGUUUUGACAUUUCCCCUGAAAUGUCAUCCUCUGUCUAGUCACUGCAAGUGCCUGCUGUUCCAGGCCUUACCUGAGGGGUACUGACAGCGGAGCCAGGAUGGGGACAGAAUAAAGGAGCCACAACCUGUGGCACCAACUUGCACUCAAACCCUGAGCUCAGACCUGAAAGCUUCUCUUCACGGGAGGCUCAGCAGUUUUUCUUACUCCUGUGGUCUCCAGAUUUCAGCCAUAAGAUGAAAGCCUCCGGUCUUGCCUUCAGCCUUCUUUCUGCUGCAUUUUAUCUCCUCUGGACUCCUUCCACUGGACUGAAGACACUCCAUUUGGGAAAGUGUGUGAUCACCACAAACCUUCAGGAAAUACGAAAUGGAUUUUCUGAGAUACGGGGCAGUGUGCAAGCCAAAGAUGGAAACAUUGACGUCAGAAUCUUAAGGAGGACUGAGUCCUUACAAGACACAAAGCCUGCAGAUCGGUGCUGCCUCCUACGCCAUCUACUAAGACUCUAUCUGGACAGAGUAUUUAAAAACUACCAGACUCCUGACCAUCAUACUCUCCGGAAGAUCAGCAGCCUCGCCAAUUCCUUUCUUACCAUCAAGAAGGACCUCUGGCACUGUCAUGCCCACAUGACAUGCCAUUGUGGGGAGGGAGCAACGAAGAAAUACAGCCAGAUUCUGAGUCACUUUGAAGAGCUUGAGCCUCAAGCAGCAGUUGUGAAGGCUUUGGGAGAACUAGAUAUUCUUCUGCAAUGGAUGGAGGAGACAGAAUAGGAGGAGGGUGAUGCUGCUGCUAAGAGUACUCGAGGCCAAGAGCUCCAGUCCUCACUACCUGCAGAGGCAUGACCCCAAACCAACAUCUGUUUACCGUAUUAUUAGUGCUGGUCACAGUGUAUUUUAUUUAUUUAUUAUUUGUUUCCUUCUGUGAUUGUCUUUGUACAUUCCCAACCUUAAUUGAGACCAUACUUGUAUAAGAUUUUUGUAAUAUCUUUCUACUACUGGAUAUAUUUAUUAGUUAAUAUAUUUAUUUAUUUUUCUAUUUAAUGUAUUUAUUUUUGUACUGGACAUGAGACUUUAAAAAAUUCACAGAUUAUAUUUAUAGCCUGACUAGAGCAGGUGAUGUAUUUUUAUGCAGUAAAAAAAAAAACCUUGUAUAUUCUAGAAGAGUGGCUGGGGGGUUAUUCAUUUGUAUUCAAUUAAGGACACAUUUACUCACUGCCAGUGAUGAAUUGUGGAAGAAGAAGUUUUGAUGUGGAAUUGCAUAUCUACCUUACAAUUACUGACCAUUCCCAGUAGACUCCCCAGCCUUAUAAUUGUGUAUCUUCCAGCCAGGAAUCCUGCAUGGCCAGCGUGUAUUUCUACAAAUAAAGUUUUCUUUGCAUAACA